AUGUCUUUGAGCACAUUUGGAGGGGAUGCCAUCAUUGGUGAGAAGCACGAAUCUCAGCCUACUUUCGAACAUGUCCCCGGCGCUUCUCUUCUCAAAGGGUUCCCUGUGUCUGCGGACAUAGAGCGAUGGUGCUACCGACACAGAUCGCGGGAUGGUACCGAACCAACGCUAGGGGUAAUAUACUUCGACACUGGUAGCGAUGCGAAAGAGUACCUGCAGAUCAAAGCCGAGGUGGCUGCUAAGGCUGGAAUUCGAUACAUAUCACAUCGACUUGCGCCUGACGCGUCGGCCGAUGAGACGCUCGAUAAAAUUGCGGAAUUGAAUGAAGACGGAACCACCCAUGGCAUUCUAAUACAGCGACCUCUACCACACCAUCUCGAGGAACGCGAAAUAAUGGGUAGCAUUCACACCAAAAAGCACAUUGAGGAAUACGCCAAGGGAUAUGCGACCAAUAUUGCAGCGGAUGCCCUGAGACGGCUACUUUACGCCUACCAAAAAGCCUGGAUGCUCGACCUGACCAUCGUCCUGGUGGGAGGCACUAACAUCAUCACGCCAGGCUUCAAGGCGGACUUGAUGCGCCAUCUUCCCCACGUCGAAAUCCUGGAAGCGAUCGAUGGUAAACUGGAUAGCAUCGACUGGAAGGACUCCAAGCGCCACUUCGUUAUUAUGACAGAACGGAACGAGGGCGGAUCCAUCAAACCGAACAUGAUUGGAUCUGGGGUUAAGCUGGUAGUUGACCUCGGCUUUGAUGUGAAGACCAAAAUGGGUGAUUUGGAUCCUGGAGUGCACGACAUUAGCAAUCUUGUUGUCGUGCCUACUCCAGGAGGAGUGUUACCGGUCAUCAUUUGGCUCAUGAUGGAACGCACUAUCAAGGCAAGGAGACACCUAGACUCCCCCCGAAUGUGCUAUCCUCUAGGCAUGCAGGCUGGAUGUACAGUCUCCUAA